UUUCUAUUGUUGUGUGUAAUAAUAAAAAUAAAAAACAAAAAACUGACUCAGGUGUUGCUUAAGGGAAGAAGCAGACGAGACAGUGCACGGUAGUAGGAAUAUACAAAACUAAGCUAUUAAAGGAAAAAGUGUGUCGUGGAAGGCGUAUGCGCGUGUGUGUAUGUCCGUGCGCAUUUUUAUGCAAUUUUUUAAAGCACGCGCGUGUGUGUGUGGCUUGUGAGUGGUUUCUGUUGUGACAGGAUUUGCUUAAACCUUAUCAUAAAGGAGUAAAGUUUUGCUGCUGAACUGUAGCAACUGGCCAUAAAGGCUUUGUAUUUAUUUAAUUUAGCGGACUUUGCUUCAACGGUGUCGACGACUUUGGAUUUUAAUGCAGCUGCUUUGUUAUGAUUUUUAUGUGCACAACCAACUUUUCACACACACAGCGAAUGUGGCAUAUUCGUAUAUUCGUAAGUGUUGAAACGUGCUCGAGUGGUAACAGCUGCUUGUGUCACACAGCCACACAGCCGUCAAUAGGGUCUUUAGACGUGCGCGUGCAUGCAUAAAUUUCGCGGCCCAAAGUGGUCGUGAGGCCUAAAGUCCAUGCGCGUAAAAUUUUAUUGAGUGUGUUUGGUUAUAAAACGUAAAAUUGACAAAUUUACUGCAUGACAUGAUAAUAAAAUUGUAAAAGUGAUGAUGGUGAAGUGUAAAAAGUGUACGAAUUAAAUGCGAAAUGUAUUUUUGGAGGCAAUAAAAAGUCAUUUAUUGUAAAUAAAAACGAAAAUUUAUGGGCGAUCUUGAGCCGACUCCAUCAGAGCAAAAAAUCGCGACGUCACAUAAAAUUAUUUUACAGGAGGUGCCCCAAAGAGGCCGGUUAUCAAAAACUCAAGCGCAGCUAACGGUGGCAGCAACACACUUCAAAUGCGAAUAUUGAAUUUUUGAGUCAUCGAAUUUGAAGGCGCUGUUUUCGCUUCCUAUUUCUACCACCAAAAACCUACACGCAUAAUGCGACUGAAUAUUGCCUAUGUUGACACAUAAAUCAAUUGCCAAAUCACUAAUUAAAUCCUUUCAGUCCGCCGAGUAAAAUCAACGACACACAAUUUGCGCUGAUUUAUUGCGGCACAUGUACUCGAACUAGAGCUAAAAUUCUGGUGGCGCCACCACUCAAAGCAACGCAACACAAUGACAACGAUUCGGGUAUCAGAACGAACAAACAUAAAUAUGGCAACGAUGAACGCAACGAGCACCACAAAUAGAGCAGCAAUUGUUUGGCGACGCAAAGCAACAACAGCUUUGACGCCUUACAACUCAGCAACUUUGACUGUAAUAAUACUGAUGUUCAACAUCACCUCAGCCGCAUUAACCUUAGCUGCAGCGGUGUCACUGAAAACAACAGAAACGACUAAAGCGUCGGCAUCGGCGUCCGCGUCAUCGCUGAAUACUACAAUCGGCUCAACAUUGAAUAGCGCAGUAUUCAUUAGUGGCGGUGGCCAUAUAAAUACAACAACAAAAACCACUAUAACGACGCCUAACUCGGUCACAGACUUAGAAAGGGAUGCUUUCCUUGUUGCCACUACCAUGCCAUAUGCAGAUGGUGGCAACAGCGUAGGCACGAGCACCAGCGUGAACGCGCGUAUUAGUGGUAACGUCGGCGGUGGUGUCGAUGUGCGCGAAGAAGAACAAAGAAGCGAUUUGAUCAACAACAAAUGGGUGCAAAUUAUCUUUUGUCUCAUUUAUGCGACGGUAUUCGUAUUGGGCAUAUUCGGCAAUGUGCUCGUAUGUUAUGUGGUGUUACGCAAUCGCGCCAUGCAAACCGUUACCAAUAUCUUCAUUACGAAUCUCGCGCUCUCGGACAUACUCCUUUGCGUGCUGGCGGUGCCAUUUACGCCGCUCUACACUUUCAUGGGCCGCUGGGCGUUCGGACACACACUGUGCCACCUAGUGUCGUUUGCGCAAGGAUGCAGCAUUUACAUUUCGACACUGACACUCAUGUCAAUUGCCAUUGAUCGGGUUUUUGUAAUUGUAUUUCCCUUUCGGCCGCGCAUGAAACUAUCCACCUGCAUAUUGAUCAUUGUGAGCAUUUGGGUAUUUUCAUUGCUGUGCACUAUGCCCUAUGGUAUAUUCAUGAAGGUGGUUAUAGCAGAGGAGAGCAAUUCCAACGAGUUCCAGUCUAAUAGUACCUUCAAGCCACUUGGGGAUGUGAAUGAUAGUAGUGCAGCAUAUAGCGCUUAUGCCAUCACGUCAGCUGUCACAUCAAUCUCAGCAAGAGUUCUAGAGGUGGCGACCAAUGCGCCUGAAAAUGUGACUGAGCUGCUUGCCAGCAGCACUGCCGCUAGCAUUACCACUUAUUGUGAAGAGAAUUGGCCUUCGGAGUCAACGCGCCAAGCUUUCGGUUUUGUAACUAGCACUCUGCAGUUUGGUUGUCCCUUGGCCGUGAUCACCGUCUGCUACAUUUGGGUCUCGAUAAAGUUAACUAUGCGCGGUGCAAAGCCUGGUUGCAGAUCUGUGCAGCGCGAGGAGGCCGAUCGCGAUCGUAAAAAGCGUACAAACUAUAUGUUAAUCUCGAUGGUUGCAGUAUUUGCUAUUUCUUGGCUGCCUCUAAAUAUGGUGAAUAUGAUGGAUGAUUUCUAUGAGAAAUCGAAUGAGUGGCCCUACUAUACAUUCUUCUUCUUCGUGUCGCACUCGAUUGCCAUGUCAUCUACUUGUUACAAUCCCUUCCUUUAUGCUUGGUUGAACGAAAACUUUCGUAAAGAGUUCAAACAUGUGUUGCCCUGCUUCAAUCCUUCGAAUCGUAAUGGCAUGAAUUGGCGUGGUGGUUUCAAUCGCUCGGAUCGCAACACGUGCGGGCCGCGACUAUAUCAUGGCAAUGGCUGUGGCAAGGGUAGUAUGGACAUCGAUGAUGGUGACGAAAAUGGCAUUACACAGGAGACCUCGUUGGCCAGACCCAGGGACAGGCUUACGAUUAUACCACGAGAGCCGACUUACGGCAAUGGCAGCGGUUGUGCUGCUUUAUCUCCUAGUAAGGUUCUUAACUCAGCGCUGGUGCAUAAUUCCCAUGUGGUGGAUAUAGUACUGAAUGAUAAGACUCAACAUCGGCAGCAUAGAAAUACGACGGAUGAUGAUUGUAUCUCGGGUGAUGAACAUACGGUAGAGAUGCGUUUCUCGGAGACACCAUUUUUGAGUUCGGACAAUGCGACGGGCACUAGCAUGUUGCAGGUGACCAGCAGUAAUGAGGUGGGCGAGCGAGGGUGUAACUGAGGAAGGGUAAUUGAAACGCACUUCUAAAAUUUGGAAUACGCUUUGGCGGCCGAAAACGAAAAAGUUGUCAACUAUUA